AAAGUCUUAAUUUAAUUACUAUUAUGUUAUCUUGCUAUGACUAUGAUAUAAAAAUGCUAUUUAAUUAAAAACGCACUACGGUAUUUUGGCAGAUUUUGAACUUCAUUUCCCACAAUGCAGUUCUUACAGAUUCUCGCCAAAUUCCGGGUGACAUGAGCGAGUUUCCGCGCGUUUUCGGAUUUGGGACUGACUACACAGUUAGCCAAGAUGUUGGUGGAAAAUAGAGUUGUGUACAGUUGUGGGUCAAGUUGAAAAUGUGAUUUGUUGGAGUAAUAACAUUAGCGAGAUAUUCAAUCAUGUUGCUACCAUCUGAUAUUGCGCGACUUGUUCUUGGGUAUCUGCAAGAAGAGGGUCUCAGUUCCACAAGUAGAGCAUUCAUUCUGGAAAGCCCCAAUUUGAAAGAGUAUGCAGAGCACAGUACAGAGGAUGGACUUAUUCCAGCCUGUGUGUUUUCACUUUUUGGGAAGAACCUGAAAACUAUUUUGAAUGAAUAUGUAGCUUCCAAAGCAAAGGAAAUAAGUCAAGAAAAUCAUGUCCCUGCCAUGUUGACAUCAUUAUGGAAGAAGUUGGAUAUCACGCUUAAUCAGAUCAAAUGUAUGGAGAACUCUCCGAUUGUAUAUUCCAGCCAGAGGAUGCGUACAAAAAAUGGCAUCAUAAGAAACAGGGCCCUGGCAAGUCCUAUGUCUUCUCCCACUCUCAGUGCUGUGAUGGCUCCUUCUCCCAGCUCAUGUGCGCCCAGCCCCCUCCUCACCCCACAAGGCGCUCCUGGACACUCCACCCCUGUGUGUGUCUCCUCCCAGGCUAGGCUGUCACCACUGACUCUCAGUCAUCCCCAUGUCCAGGAUGUGAGCCGCCUGUCCAUCAACUUGAGCCACAAUACCCCACUGCAAAUAAUUGUUCCUGACCAGAGGCUUACUCCUGGACCACUAUCUCCAGCACGCAGAAAAUGUGAUUCACCCAGAAGAAGAGGGGGAUGCCUGGCCUCAGGGAGUGGAACAUCACGGGCAAACCUCACGUCUAGUGCUCUCCCUCAAGAAGGACAAGGCGAAGAAGUCGUUUCUGAAAAUUUCCCUCAAAUGGUAAUAGAAAAUGCCCGUGAGAAGAUUCUGAGGAACCGUUCGCUACAAGAGAAGCUUGCUGAAAAUAUUAACAAAAUACUUGCCAGUGACAAUAGUCCACAAGCUUCAAAAGCAGCAUGCAGCUCAGUCGAUCAAGACCAAUCCAUUGAUGAAAUUCUUGGCCUACAGGGAGAGAUCCAUAUGACUGAUGAUGCCAUUCAGGACAUUCUUGAGCAGACAGAGUCUGACCCUGCUUUCCAGGCUCUCUUCGACCUCUUUGACUACGGUAAAGGGAAAACAACCGGUGCUGAGGAGGGGGAGGGAGGCCAAAGAGACCAGGAGAGUGAGGACGUUUGCCAUGUCGAGGAGCCCACUGAUGAUGCUCACAUAGGUGCUGUGCAGGAAGACUCUGCCUCCUGUGCUGAGCCCUCACCUGUACCCAGAGCCAGGGCAAGAGGAGCUGCAGAGGCCAAGAACAAGAGGAAGUCCGCGCUGUCCUCAAACGCCCCCAAGACUCCUGCUCCAGCGCUCCCCUCAGGGCUGACCCCCGUCCAGCCGGCCUCUGAGGGCCCAGUCCCAGGCCGAGGGGCGUCCACUGACCCAAAGCAGAGGGGGGGCAGGAGGCACACGCGCGCCUCUCAGCACAGCAGGAGUGCCGACAUGGAGGACCCGGUGGAUAUGGACGUAGAGGACACGCUGGUUCCUGAGGCGGACCCUUUGGCAUUGGCACAGGAGCAGCCUCCGGUCAGCAGAGGCCACGGUGCAGGGCAGCCUCCGGCCGUAGCGGGCGGCGGCCAACUGCUGGGCACAGCGUGUGACCUCCUGCUGAGCGCGUCGGCUCCUGUUGCCACGGCCGGAAACGAGGGGCAGCAGGAUUCAGCGCAGGGACAUGGUGCUAGUCGCUCCGCAGAGAAAGGAGCAGAGCUUCUGCGUGGAUCUAAUAACAAGCAGCCUGUGGGAGAGGUGGACCAGUCCAAAAAGCAAGGCCCUCUGUCCCACGGAGGGGAGGCUGUGCGGAAGUCCCAGACGCCAGACAGCUUGAGAGGGUCGAGGCUCAGUGUUUUGCCCCCAUCGGCUCCAGCUGCUCGUCCCACGGCUGCGCCCUCGUCCUCCUCGGCUGCGGAGGCCGACCCCAGUCAGAUCGUCUCUCUGAAGAUCAUAGUGAGCGAUGAGCAGGAGCAGGCGGUCGCAGAGACGCCACUCAGCCAGGCUGUGUCCAGUAUCAGUGAGGAGCGCAUCCCCACCAUAUACCUCUCCUCCCCCGCCAAAUCGCCUGCCAGGGGGGUGCUGCUGUCCACCUCUAGCUCCGGGGUGACCCCCGAGGAAACGGUCCAGGCAGUCAGCUGUCUGCAGAGGACUGAGGUCACUCAGGACGGUCAUCAGCCACUAGCCCCCACAGGUGCUGGAGACGGCUUCUUCCAGCUGCUGCCGGCCAGCACUGGAGCCAGCAGCUACUUUGUGGUGACGGACCAGAUGGUGCCAGGAGACCAUCAGUCCAGCGUGGUCGUGGUUCCAGGAGCGCCGGCUACCCAGAGCAAGCUCACCACGCUGCCUCAAGUUCUGGCUACGCCACCUCGGUCACGGACUGUCCCACAGCCUUACGGUUCAACCUUCAUCAUAUCCUCACCAGUCCCGUCUAUGCUACAGAGUGUCAUGGUGCCCGUAUCUGUGAUGGGGCAGAACAACACAGGGAAGUUUACCGUUGUUCCCAAUCAGGUACUAACAUUGCCCUGCACAACAUCUGUGACCCAGCCAACAGCCCUAGUAGCAAAACCAAAUAUCGCCACUCAACAAAACGCCAACAACCUUGGUAAAACGGUCAAGUUGGUUGCAGCUCCAGCACAGAAGGUAGCUCCUCCACCCCAGAAGGUAGCUCCUCCACCUCAGAAGGUAACUGCUCCAGCACAGAAGAUUACUCCUCCUGCACCGAAAACAGCUGCGCCUUUGCCAUCGCCAUCUCCGAGCACAGAGCCGGGGAAGGCAGGAGGUCCUCCGUGCCAUGUGCGGAUGCUCUGCUUCGACGCUCCAUCCUCAAGCACACCAACCCCGCCAGCAGCUCCAGCUCCAACGGCUGUGGGCAGCGGGAGCCCCACCACCCAGUCUAGGAGUCCGGCCCCCACCGGCACGCCCCCCACGGACAAACAGGCCAGCAGAGAGGGCGGCCGUGCCGAGACCCCUAAACCCAUCAUCCUGGGAGGGAACAGGUCCAAGAGGAGGGUGGAAACGGUUCGGGUGGAGGACAAAACUCCGCAGCCCUCGGCCUUCACCGCUCCACAGAACAGGGACACGUCGGAUAGGAUCCCCAAUGCGUCAGGAGGGAAGGAGAAGAGUUCCGACGCUCCCAAAGCAGCAGCAGCAGCAGCAGCAGUCCAGCAGGGGCCCAGCACACGGUCCGAGUCCAGGAGGAAACCCCACAUGACGGAGAAACCAGACGCAGGAGGCACGUCUAGCAACGUGGCCCAGAACACUAAGCCAUCGCAGCGCCUGCAGCUGCAGAGCACCAAGUCCACCGGAGCCAAGAGGGACGGAAACGAGUCUGGCAAACAGGAAACGGUUAGGGCCCAAGAUGGCCGGUCAGAGACGGACGAGAGGACGGCGCCCGCGCAGGAGGCCUCUCCGGUCACCUCCAACAAGGAGAACGAGCUGGAGGCCCAUGAGGGGGCGGAGAGGGCCCAGCCUGCAUCCCCAGCCCCGCCGGAGCCUCCCUCCGCUGCCUCAGCAGCGCCCAGCAAGGCCCUGAGCAAGACCAGCCCGCUCACCAAACAAGCUGCCGAGAUGCUGCAGGACAUCCAGGGCCUCCACCCUGCAGCCACCCCGCCCAAGAAGCCUGGCCUGAGCUGCCUGGACCUGCCUCUGCCCAGGACCCCCGGGCUGGGCCGUCUGCAGGAGGACUCGCUGGACGGGCUCCGCACGCCAGGCAGGCCGCGGCACGGGCGCGAGGGAGAGGGCACGCCGCGCCACCUGCUGCCCCCGGCCACGCCCGAGCUGCCCUCCUGCAGCCCUGCGAGCGAAACGGGCAGCGAGAACAGCAUCAACAUGGCCGCCCACACGCUGAUGAUCCUGUCUCGUGCGGCGCGCACCGGAGGCCCACUGAAGGACAGUCUGCGGCAGGAGGAGGCCGCCGCCCCCACCGUGCCAACCAAUAGCAAGAAGCGCAAGCCCAGCGACCACAGCCCUGCUGACAAGAAGGAGCACUCAAGCAGCAAGAAGAAAGCUAAAAAACAGAAGAAACUGUUGGAUUCUUUCCCUGAUGACCUGGAUGUUGACAAGUUCCUGUCAUCCCUGCAUUAUGAUGAGUGAGGAGUGCACUAAGUUGAGCAGUGGAAUGCUGUUCGCGGGGACUGUAAACCAUGGAUGUACUUUGAGCCUGGUGGAUUCCACCAUUAGCUACAGAAAUGGUUAAGGAGUGUGGAUCACAAUGCUGUAUAUAUAAAAUAAGUUGCUCUGAUUUUCUGGUUGCAAUAUGGUAGAUCAUAUUUAAGUACAGUUGUAAAUACACAUUCAGUUAACUUUUAUUAAAUGUUCCGAUUUUGAAA